GUCAGGAUGACACCACUUCUCUUGUUGUUUCUUCUCAUCUCUUUCUCUGUUGAGUCGUCAGCUCAGAGCUCCGCCCUGAAGCAGGACGACUUCCUGGGACCAGUCCAGUGUCUUGCAAAGAAUUUCACUCGUGAAUCAUGUGACCUGGUGUUUUGUCCUCCGUGGCAGCGGUGCAUAAACGGACGUUGCACCUGCAAACCGGCCAACCUGUGUCCCACAGAGGGCGUGGCCCCGGUGUGCAGCCAUGGCAACAAGCAGCUUCGCUCCUAUUGCCAGGCGAUGGCUGUCUCCUGUAGGACACAGAACCCCGUCAUGUCCCACUUUGGAGGAACCUGCACAGCCGAACAACCAAAGUUCAGCGCCUCGGUAGAGCGAGGCACUGGAGUGGUGAAGCUCUUUGUUCCUGGCACUGGGAACACUGGGAACACUGGGAACACUGGGAGCACUGGGGGAUCUGGGGAGGAGGUUCUGGUGUGUGAGGAGUUGUGGGAUAUGGCUGCUGCCAACGUGGCCUGCAAGGAGAACGGACAUCCACUCGGCGCCGCGUCCACCGGCACCGUGUCGUACACUUCCUUGAAGAGCUACCACAGCAACCAGCAGUUGCCGGGCAAAUGUGUGAGCAUCCGUUGCCAAGGUUACGAGAACUCCCUGGCUGAAUGUGUGAUCUAUGACAAGGUCAACCCUGACAACGGGAAUGUUGCUAUGGCAACCUGUGUGCAGACACCAGAAGAGGAGUGCGACUUCAGGUGUGUGAGCGGGAAGUGUGUGUCUCUCAGUCAGACAUGUGACGGCGUUGACGACUGCGGCGACCGAAGUGACGAGAUGUGCUGCAAGAAAUGCAGGAACGAAGCUUUCCGCUGCAGCACAGGUGUGUGUUUACGUAAAGAAGCUGUCGGCGAUGGACAGAUCGACUGUCUGGGUGGAGAGGAUGAAUCAAAGAAACACACAAAGACAGAGACGUUGUUCACUCCUCCCACGAACACAGAGUACACCUCUCCUGAAAAUGAAACAAAGAUCACAAGAGCACAUCUGGAGUCCAGGCUGAGCUGUGGGGUUCCUAAAACAACCGGAGUGAGUGAUGAGGAUGAGGAAGAGCUGAUGCCCAGGAGACGCUUCAGGAGACUGGUGGGAGGACAGCCGACGACACCGACUCAGAUCCAGUGGCAAGUGGCAAUAGAGAUGAACAGAAGGUUUCACUGUGGAGGAGCUUACAUCGGAGGCUGCUGGGUCAUCACUGCUGCUCACUGCAUCGGGCCCAACCCUUCUCUCUCAGUAACGGACGCUGCAGCUGCUCAGGACGGUCAAACCCUCCCAAAGCCUCGUCUCUCUGCGUUCAUGGUGAAGCUUUCUCUCUGGAAGAGGAGCAGAGCUCAGGACUCCACAGACAUCGUUCCUGUCCAUGACGUCCACGUCCACCCUCAGUACAACCCCUCCACUCGUGAGAACGACAUCGCUCUGGUGCAGCUGCAGACACUCCCCAUGACUGAGGAGUGUCUGACGGACAACCCCGCGGUCAGUCCGGUCUGCGUUCCCUGGACCACCAGGCUCUUCCAUCCCAACCACACCUGCACCAUCUCUGGAUGGGGACAGAGCACAGGUGGUCGACCGUCUCAGGUCUUACAGUGGGCUAACGUCCGUCUCAUCGAAGACUGUGACAGACUGUACGGCGGCAGCUUUAAACCCGGCAUGCUCUGUGCUGGUGAUCUGGACGGCAGUGUGGACGCCUGUCAGGGGGACAACGGAGGUCCUCUGGUGUGUGAGGAUGAAUUAGGGGUUUCCUACCUGUGGGGCAUCGUCAGCUGGGGGCGGGGAUGUGGCCGUCCGAGAUCACCUGGAGUUUACACACAGGUUGCUCAUUACUUUGAGUGGAUCAGAGCUCGUACAGGCUGGUCCUCUGUGACCAGGUUCAACUCCUAACAACACAAACAGCUGCAGCAUGUUUCCCUGUGGAUGCAGACACGAGCCGACACACUGAGACUGUAACGACACUGUUUGUUUGUUCCUGUGGAAAGUCAAUAAAAGCUGUUUCAACCUGUUUGUUCUGUGAAGGUUUGUUAAUGUAGUUAAAAUAAAAUAAUGAAAUAUU